GGGUGCUCAUUUUACCUUGACAGUAUUGACUCCCGCCAUCCUCCAGCUAGUAGCGUACACCAUGUAAAGUUUUCUCUCCCAUCAAGCGGAAAUGGUACGCGAUCAUUUCGUACCUUGGAAAGAUUACUGAAGUUCGGCAACUACACAAUCAUCCGCACCUCUUCGUCAGCUGUCAAUAAAUCUCUCGAUGGAGGAGUCGUGUUCCGACGCUACUAUACCGACCCGAUUCCCGUGAAGACGAAAAGAGCUGCUACAGCCCGGAAGGAGCGUGUCUGGCCGGAUGGUGUGAUUCCGUAUGUGAUCGCUUCAAAUUUCUCAGGACAGGACUACAACUUCGAGAAAUCGAAACCAGAGGAAGUGGAUUCCCUUGGGGAACCGUAUGAUUUCAAUUCUAUAAUGCACUACGCCCGCGAUACGUUUUCUCGUGGCACUUUCCAUGAUACGAUUCUGCCAAAGCCAAGCUCAGGAUUUCGAUCUGAGAUUGGACAACGUGUACAGUUGAGUGAAGGCGAUAUCCGUCAGGCAAAGAAGCUCUUACAAGUGUCCAGAUCAUUUUCAGCGUGUGGAAGUACUCUGGUGUCCGAAACAGCUGAGCUGAUUCCAUCGACUGCUGGCAAGUGUGUAUGGCGUAUAGUGGCUGCAGAAGGACAAACGGUGUUCCUAAAUUUGACAGGUUCCUUUCUGCUGCCUCCUGCAGCUACUUGCCUUGAGGAGAAAGAAAACGCGAUAGUGGUCAGGGAUGGAUAUAUGUCUAAAGCACCAGUUUUAGACAAGAUUUGUGGCGACGAAACCGAGUAUAGGACUGUGGUAUCUACUGGCAGCAGGCUGUACGUUGAGCUUCAUUCUACACUGCUGCCAGUUCUUCCAAUAGGAAAAUAUAAUUCCAUCUGUGGAGGUCCUAUUUUUGCUGACAGCGGGGUGAUCCAGAGUCCCCGGUAUCCUGAGUCGUAUCCACCAAACGCUGACUGCUUUUGGACAGUACACGUUUCCGAGGGUUACCAGGUUGCCGUUGACAUCGUAUAUUUUCAUCUUGAGCAACAUAAGGACUGCAUCUAUGAUCGUGUGGUUUUGUAUGAAAGUUCCGAGAAUGGAGCUCCUCUUGCUACACUCUGUGGGGUGGUUAGUGGAAGGCAAAUUGUCACCAGAAGAAGUAAUCAAAUGGUCAUCAGGUUAAUUUCGGAUAACUCUGUCCAGAAAUCGGGUUUUGAAUUGUCGUUCGUCCGCGAGCUGGAUGAGUGCGCCUCAGGAACGGAACUCUGUGAACAGCGUUGCGUGAACACUCUUUUCUGUGCAGCAGCAUCGAGUUCUACUGAGAGCAUCUCACGCUCGUUUGCGUCUCCCAACUUCCCACAACAUUAUCCUUCAUCGAAGAAUUGUGUCUGGGAAAUCGAGGCAGAUGCAGGAUACCAGAUUUUCUUGAAUUUCACGACGUUCAAUAUUGAGGGAUACUCUGGUUCUUCAGCUGAGCCACUACUGUUCACAUCGGCUUCGAAUCGUGUGAGGGUGGAGUUUGUAUCCGAUUCCUCAGUCGAGCGAGCGGGUUUCAUGGCACAUUUCAUAGCAGAUUUGGAUGAGUGCCAAGCAGAUAACGCAGGCUGCGAGCACAUUUGUCAGAAUAGACUUGGUUCAUAUUUGUGCCUCUGCCAUGCUGGAUAUGUUCUUGCUGAGGACGGUCACAAUUGUAAAGAAGGAGGAUGUUUCUUUGAACUGAAUUCGCCUAGCGGUAUGGAACAUCUAUUUGUUAUCAAUAUCAGAUUUCUAGGUGUUAUCACUACACCGAACUACCCAGGUGACUAUCCGAAAAGCCAGAAUUGCACAUGGCAUUUUGUGACCACUCCCGGACAUCGGCUAAUGCUUAAUUUCUUGUCAUUCCAAGUGGAGGAACAUUCUCAAUGUAAAUACGAUUCGGCUUCGAUUUAUGAUGGAGGUGAUACCAAUGCAAUACUUGUUGGUAUUUUUUGUGGAGUCAUUCCACCGCCAUUAUUCAUGUCAUCUACGAACCAGCUAUUCCUCACUUUUACGUCUGACGCGUCGGUGUCACGGCAGGGUUUUGAGGCGAAUUAUGCUUCGGUUUGUGGUGGUCGAUUGACAGCCGAAUCCUCUCCCGGUCACAUUUAUUCGCAUGCGACGUUUAGUGACAGUAAAUACGGUAAAAGUCAGGACUGCUGGUGGAGAGUGUCGGCCAGAUCGCGGCAUCGAGGUGUGCGUCUAGAAUUCAGCACGUUUACCUUGGAAGCGGAAGAAAGUUGUCAAUAUGAUUAUGUUGAGAUAUAUGAUGGUCUUGAACCGGUUCACCAUCGAUUAUUCGGAAGAUACUGUGGAGAUCAAAUACCGGAGACCAUAACAAGUACAGGUCCUGAUAUACUUCUCAUUCUGCAUACGGAUGAUUCGGAAGAAGAAAAAGGAUUUGUGGCGGAGUAUCGAGAAGCACCACGUGGACGCAUACGACCGAAGGCUCAAAUGCCACGACCUGUUCCAAAUAAGGAGCCUAUCAGCUAA